AUGCAGUCUCUGUGGUCUAGGGCCGCAGGCCAGGCUCACCGCUGCGGAUGCAGGACCUGCAGCACCGCCGUCGGCGCCGCCGGGAGACGAACCGCGGCCGCCGCCCGGCGUCGCAAGCCGACCUUUGCCGAAAUCUUUACCGCGUGCUACAGCUCCAUGUUUGCGACCGCCGCUGUCGUCGAUGCAGUCAGGAAAGAAGAUCGCCGAAGGGAGCUGGAUCGACAAUUGGAUGAGGCGCGACAGGAACUGUCGGACCUGCGAGACCGCGGAGCUUCGGAAGCUCCAAAGCGCGAGUUCCGGCCGACUGACCUCACGAUUGAGCAGAUGGACGCACUAUGGCGCAGCCUCAAGAGCAUCUACAGCAACCGGCCGUACAUGAAGGAGAUCGACAAGCCAGCCACAAUCAGCGCGUCCGAAUUGGUGUCCAGCCUCCAGAGCGAAUACUACGGUUGUCCGACGGAAGCCUCCAUGCGAGCAUCCCGGCGAACAGAGUACGAGCGCUUGGAGCGGGCCAUCAUCGCAGAAGAAUCCGACAAGGCCAUUCUGUCGCGUGAACCGCGAAACAAUCUACAUCUGUUCAACGAAUCCUCGAGCAUCGAGCAUCUCGUGCAGCAGCUCCUUCGCCGAGCAGAAAUCAUCGACAAGGGAACAUCGCCGAGCCCUUCGUUCGAUGAAGCACGGGAUUUGGCGGAAACGGGCCGCGCCAACUUCACCUUCCGGUCAAUCGACCCGGGGCGAGCAAAGAAGAAUACCUCCUUGCUCAACCGACGACUGAGGUCCUUGAUGGACGAUCCGAAGCUUGGAGUGAAGGAGAGAAUCGGUCGGGUGUGCUACAACCUCCUUGUGUCGGCCCACCCGCCAGACAUGCACACAUACAACACCCUGAUCGUGGCAUUCGACAAGGCAGGGUACCAUGCGUUCGCCGACGCCUUGGUCAACUCCUUCUUCCAUGAGCGGCUACUGCGACCGACACCAUCCACCUUUGUCGCCAUCUUAAACCACUACAAGGCCACAAACAACCAUGGCAAAUUUCUGCGCGCACUCGCGUGCCUCACAGGCGCCGACUCCAAGACGGGCGCGAAGAUUGGGAGACGACACGUUGGGGACGUUGAGAACAGCCCUAUUCUGCGCAAGUGGGCGGCCGACACGAGACUUCGAACCCGGACAGGAGACUGGGUUUGGGAACAUGUUCCCUUGAGUCGUCCUCUUGUCGAAGAAGUCAUCACCGGUCUACUGCGGUUCAGGCUCUUUGACCAGGCCGCCACCUUCUUCGUCACAUGCAUGAGGUCCGGUGUCGCAGUGAGCACGUCCGUUGUCAAGCAAAUACUGGACGAGCUCAUUGUGGCCCUGGAUUGGAGAGCGGCAGUCCGGCUGAUACGCGGAUUCAGCCAUGCAAACCAACAGUGGAAGGCGCUUCUUCUGACCGACGAUGAGACGACGAACUCGUAUCUGAUCAGGAGGAUCUACACCUUGUUGGAUCUAUGUGGCCUGCAUGGUGCGGGUUCGACAUGGUCGAAAGACCUCCUCACCAACUUGAAUUUGUCAGGAUCGAAGCUCAGCCGGUUCCUCGAGACGCUGGAGGAGUCUUGCCUAGAGUCGCCAACGCGCCCUGGUGGUAUCGCCGACAACCAGUCCGCCGAGGACAACGCGCUCAUCGCCCGCUCGGCGAGUCGACUGCUUCAGACCGAAAGCCUAUGGAAAGAAUAUGUCUUCGUCAGGAAGACGACGGCAUCUAUCGAGAGCAAGCUUCUUUACCCAGAAGUAGGGCCCGAGUUCCGUGCCGCCAUGGCCUUACACAUCGGAUCUGCGGCUGUUCGGCGGUCAGAACAACUGGCUCAAGAUCUGGCCGGAGUGCUGGCCAGUGGGAGCUUGUCCGGCCCUCGAAGGAUCGACGCGCUUGAUGAAUGUCUCAGAUUUGAGCAGCUGAGCCUUGAGGAUGGAGACAGGAAAGAUGAGGUCGUCGUCGGCAAUGCAGCGACUACUACGCGCCGUGUAGGCGUCCGAGGCAAUGCACCCGGGAGGAAGAUGGAAGCUGUCGCUUACAGGGGGCGGCAGGCUACGGACGGGCUUGCUAUGACACCCAGACCGAAGAAUCUCCUUGCGUGGCCAGCCGUGAGCCGGCGCGAAGUCUAUUACUCGGAUGGGCGCCAGUGGGCCGUGGGAGCAUGA